UUGAAACAGAGAGAAGAGUAGUGUGCUAGAAACCCAAUUUAAAGAAAAUCACAGUCACUUUCUAAAUAGUUACACAAACUGUAAAGAUUUUGUCAUUUAGAUCAAGAUGAAGAUACUGGUGCUGCUUUCACUGAGCUUUGCAGUGGCUCUGGGAAUGCCAGCAUCACCUCCAGGUGUCCCACAAAGUCCUGAUAUGCCCAAGGAGGAGCAGAGCCCUCUGCUGGGAGACUCGGUCCCAGUGCAGGGUCACGUGGAGGUGGAGAAUCCUGCACCACAGGCCAGACUGAGCUCCACAGAGCAGCAGGAAAAGUUGGCUGCAGUGGACGUAAAGCAGAGCAAGAGUCCGCUAGAAGCACAGCCAGAGGUUAAAGUGGAGGAAGCAGGUACAGAGGUUAAAGUAAAGUCAGAAGGUGAGGUGCAGGAGAAGUCUGAAGCAUGGCAAGAAGUUCAGGUGGAACCAGAUGUUAAAGAGGAGCCGAAGCUAAAAGCAGAGCCAGAGGCUGGGGUGGAACUAGAAGCUCAAGCAAAGCCAGAAGAUGAGGUGGAGGAAAAGUCUGAAACAGAGCAAGAAGUUCAGGUGGAGCCAAAGGAUCAAGUGGAACCAGAGGUUGAAGCCAAUCCAGACUUUAAGAUGGAAUCAGACAUUCAAAUGGAGCCACCACUGUUAGAUGAGGAGUCAGAGGUAGAAGAGUCUUUGAGAGCAGCAUUUCUGAAUCCAGAUCUUGCCGUUGAACCUCAGCCAGAGGAGGAGGAUCAGAAGGGGAACUAUGUCCCAGAUGAAGAGCUGGAGCCAGAGAUGAUAGAAGAGUCCUUUGAGAAUCAAUACAUCAGGCCAGAUGAUGCAAGCUUGGAAGAACUGCAGCAGUUGGACCUGAUGGAGCAGCAGAUGGCGCUUUCAGAAAACUAUUACCCAAAUGAAGGGGCAAGGAUGGAGGAAGCAGGGCCAGAGUUUAUGGCGGAGGAAGACCGGCCUGUGUUUGAUGAACAGACUGAAGGAGCUGGGAGAAGAUUUUUACCAAAUCCUGAACGAAAAGAGCUGAGCUAUUGUACUGGAGUGGUGUUUGAGGAGAAGUGUUACCAGUUCUUCAGAGAGCCAAGGAGGUUUGCAGAUGCUGAGUUCUUUUGCCAGAAUCAGUUCAUAGGUGGCCACCUGGCCUCCAUCACAAGCCCACGAAUCCACAGAGAUGUGAUGGACUUGAUGCAGACGACUAUCGGAACCCAGACACGUACCUGGGUUGGAGGACUCCGGUUUUUAGAUACUGGGCGCUUCGUCUGGUUGGAUGGAUCCUUCUGGGACUAUUCUGAUUGGCUGUACAGGGAGCCCAAUAACACAGCGAAUAAGGAGGAAUGUCUGGAAGUGCUUGGAAAUGGAAAGUUUAAUGACUUCACAUGCUGGGAACCUCAAGCCUUCAUCUGCUCCUACCCUCAUGAAUGAAUACAACAGCAGCUCUUUUCCAGCCUGUUUCCUCGUCUGAUUGGAUGUUGGAUACACAGAUCAUUGCGUUUUCUUUUUCUUACAAUAAAUCAUCGACUUGAAAGAAAAUCACAACAACAUAGUCAGACAAAUGCCUCAGAAACUUAUUUUCUCAGUCAGCUGCUGACUGUGUGUAACGGGAACUCCACAUUGAUUUGUUAUUUUCUACUCAAGUCAAGACAGUUUUGUUUAUUUGAUAGAUUUUCUGAGAUUGGUGCUUUGUUUUCUGUGAACUUUUCACAGUUUUGAAGUGGGUGGGACUAAUCUGGGAAAUGAUGAUGUCACAAUCUCCUGCUCCAAUCAGGAUUCAGCAACAUUUGAAAGCGAUGACAGCUGGUUUGGUUGUCAGUCACAUCUCAUGUUCAGGCUGAAGCAGAUUUUAUGAAUAAUAUAUAAAGAUGUUUUUGUUUAUCUUUAAUGUUGCUUAUUUACUGUAGUUGUGAAUGUUGGUAUUAUUUACAGACGCUUAGAGGCACAUUUCUAGGGUUUUUAGAAAAGUUAAACAAAAUGAAUGAAAUAAUGCACAUACAUAAAAUAUAUACAGUUUACUUUGUUUUUUGAUAACAAGCUCAUAAAAUGUAAAUAAAGAGAACAUUGUGUUUUAUUCUUGCUUUCUUGUUUGUCGUUACUACCAUCAAACUUUAAGUAUAACUGCAAUAUUCCAGCAGCUGGGGCAAUAAAAUACUGUAAAAUAAAGGAAAAUACUCCUCUUAUUAAACUACAGCCAUUUUCCAUAA